CUCCUCCACUUGCUAUAACAAUGGAGAUUCAUGUUCCCUUCUUUCAACUCCUUUUUGCUUUUCUCUUAGUGAUCCUGCCUAUGAUCUUUAAUAUUCUACAUAAUUUGAAAAACGCAAAAUUGCCCCCAGGACCUUGGAAACUUCCCCUUAUAGGAAAUCUCCAUCAGCUUGUUGGCUCUCUACCCCAUCACUCACUCAGAAACCUCGCAAAUGAAUAUGGCCCACUUGUGCACCUGCAGCUUGGCCAAGUAUCCGUCGUUGUAAUUUCUUCUCCUGAUAUGGCGAAAGAGGUCAUGAAAACCCAUGACGUAAUCUUCGCUUACAGGCCCAAUCUUCUCGCUGGUAGGAUCAUGUCUUAUGAUUCUACAAACAUUGCAUUUUCUCCUUACGGCAAUUACUGGAGACAACUACGAAAAAUUUGUGUGAUGGAGCUUUUAAGUCCAGGUCGUGUGCAAUCAUUCCGAUCUAUCAGGGAAGACGACGUUGCCAGUCUCACAAAGACGAUAUCUUCAUCUGCAGGAUCACCCAUCAAUCUCGCAGAGAAAGUUUUUUCAAUGAUUUAUAGCAUAACAGCAAGGGCUGCUUUCGGCGAAAAGUGCAAAGAUCAAGAAGAAUUUAUGUCACUUAUCUUGAGAAGUGCGACUCUUGCUGGAGGUUUCUGCUUAGGUGAUAUGUACCCUUCAGUUAAGGUGCUUCAAGUGAUUAGUGGAAUGAAGCCAAAGCUGGAGAAGCUGCACAAAGAGAUGGAUAAGAUACUCGAUAACAUUCUGAAGGAGCACAGAGAGGAGAAGUUGGCAGCAAAAGCAAGUGAUGAAGAGGCAAGCGAAGACCUUGUUGAUAUUCUUUUAAGGUUUCAAGAACAGGGUGAUCUUGAAUUCUCCCUCACCGACAACAACAUCAAAGCAGUCAUCUUGGACAUAUUUGGAGCUGGGAGCGAGACAUCAGCAGCAACAAUUGAAUGGGCAAUGUCCGAAAUGCUGAGAAACCCAAGGGUAAUGAAGAAGGCACAAGCAGAGGUAAGACGAGUGUUUGAUGGAAAAGCUGAUGUAGACGAAAAACGCAUUCAAGAAUUAAAGUAUCUAAAACUAGUAAUCAAAGAAACCUUAAGGCUGCACCCUCCAGUACCCCUGCUGCUUCCAAGAGAAUGCAGUGAGACUUGCGAGAUUAACGGCUACAAGAUACCUGUCAAGACUAGAGUGGUUGUGAAUGCAUGGGCACUUGGAAGAGAUCCAAGUUACUGGAGUGAAGCUGAGACAUUUUUUCCAGAGAGAUUUGCUGAUAGUUCAAUUGAUUUUAAGGGAACCAACUUUGAAUACAUCCCAUUUGGAGCUGGAAGGAGAAUCUGUCCAGGCAUUUCGUUUGCCCAGCCUAACAUUGAGUUGCCACUUGCUCAUUUGUUGUAUCAUUUUGAUUGGAAACUUGCUAAUGGGUUGAAACGGGAAGAUCUAGACAUGACGGAGACUUUUGGCCUAACUGCUAGAAAAAAACUAAAUCUUAUCUUAAUUCCUAUUCCUUACAAGUAAUUUUAUCCAAUCAUGUUGGAGUGAUAUGUCGGGGGGGAACUUAUCUAUAUAGCAGGUGGAUUUAAGAUAUGUAGGUUCUAUUUACUUUAACAUAUAAAUUUACUUUGAAAAUUAAACUAAA